GUCAGUUUCACGCAGUAGCCCUCCCAUCUUGACGGCGCUUCACCGGGACAGAUGUCGGUGUCGGUGCUGUGAGGGGACGGCGCGUCGCCGCUGGCUGCAUGGCAUGUAAACGCGCUCCGGUACCGAGACCACACUGCGCGGUACUGAUGACAUCUCUAGGGCAUUGUCUGACACUUCCCAAAUCCUAACCGCGUUACUAUGGCAACAGGAAGAAAAGGCUCCACCUCUAAGGCCGGUGGUGUGCAUUUCCCUGACGACGACGAGCCCCCCGGCUCUCCAACGCGGAGAGAUGACGAUUCAAACCUCUGCACUCUCAUUGCUAUCCAAGAGAAGGAUGGCAGCUAUUUGGUCAAGGCGGGGUUCCUGAAGAGCCAGCACUGCUAUGAGAUUGUCUUCACUGUCCCAGAUGUCCCCACUCAGGGCAAAGAGCUCUCUUGUCUCCCUUCUUCCUCUCCAACCCGAAGGUUCCCCAACCUCCGGGUCCAACAUAUCAACUCCACACUGGAGGGAGGAGUAAAGGUAACGUGCGAGUACAGGACUCACCAGGAGGGGGUGCUGCAGGAGGAGAUCACUCUGGUAACAAGAGGGAGAAAAGGCAGUAGUCUGAAGGUCCGAUUCCAGGCCAAGGUCAUUGGGGAAAAAAGUGAAGAAACCUUCAGGAGAGCAACAGAGGAGGAUCCCUCUCCCCGGAUGGACAGAAGCAAUAGAUGUCAUGUGUACAGAUGAAUAGCAUUACAGAGACCCACAUCACGGGACUCCCAUGCUGCUGGAGGGGGUGAGGUGUCUGGAUGCUCAGAAACACACCCACAGAAAGCACAGCAGUGACCGUGAGAGGAAAUGAUAAAAUUAUACAAAGAUAUAAUGUAUAUGUGUCUCCCUCAGUGUUAUUCAGAGUCUGGGUCGAGGCCAACGCUAAAUUAGAAACCGCUUUAUUUGACUGGGAAAUAAUGUGUAUGUAAUGCUAUGUUUUGAUAUUAUGGCAUUCCAAAAUAUUUUUCUGAAAAUUAGAUUUUCUCUUCCACAAAAAAAGGUGAAAUACCAGUAUGCAGCUCUGAUAGCCAUGGGCCUCUGUUGGUCACCAGCACUCAACAGGGGCUAGCACACACACAUAUAUGCAUUCAAGCCACCGCCUGGAAAAGUCACCAUCAGCACCACACAUACAGUAAUAGACAUUAUAAAAAACAUGAUCAUUUUACAGCAGCCCAACCAAGGACAACUUAAAUGUUCUCCUAAUGUACCCGUUCCUUGACUAUGUGCAGCAACACUCAUCAGAACACAGGACAGCCCUGUACACCAAGAAGAACAACAGACUUGCACCAUGGUAAUAGUGCAAUAAUCAAUGUUGUUUGUCAUUUCUCUGUUAACAACGGAGCCAGCUGGCCUGGAGUCACUCACAUGUCUCAGGUCUUCUCUUAUGUUGACUACCUUGAAAUGCAUAAAAAGUCCAAUCUCAAUAUAGAGUCAAUAUAGCUCAAAUCUUUAGAUGUAGUUAGCAGGGUUUCUCGCAGCUGAUUCCGUGACUGCCACCAAAUAUCUUACUGCACCUCAUUAUUGCACCAAUACUAUUCUCAUUGUAGAAAAAACACGUAUUUGACUUUAGUGACGCCACUUGUUCAAGUGCAUUGUGGCAGCAUGGCACGGUUUGCAAUAAGAGGCACUCGACUUCUCAGCAGCUUUCUUUCGGCCAUCACGCGUUACUAGCAGGGGACAUGAUGGGAUUUUGUUCCUGUACUAAGUAGCCAUAAAUUAAAAUAUUUCCAUGCAAGCACACUGGCUGUUGUAUGUAUUUAAACCUUAGAUAAAUAUUGUAUUUGUAUUACAAUGUUAAACAGCAUAUUACUAUGACAUUUGUUUUUGUUGCGACAGCUUAAUAAGCAGAAAGUAUUAUCUAAAGAUUUGACUGUGUUGUUGAACAGUUUGUCUCUGGGCAGGAAAGGACAUUAUUAGUUACUUUUAUUAUUAUAUUAUCUUUUAAACUUACCUAAGGAGACAUUUUCUGUUGAGUCAAAAAAAUAUUUAUUUGCUUAAGCAUCUUUUCUGUUGACAUCAGCAUAGCCUUAUUCAUGUGUAUUAUGACAGCUUACAUCAAAUAUUACAAUCAAAUGUCAUGUUUGAGUUGUUUUAAAUAUACUGUGAAUCCUGUAACAGUGUUACUAUUGCAUGAUUAAUACUGUAAGUCACAAAGUGUAACCAAUGCAACUGCCCCGACCAAAUAACGAAUACAUUUUAACUUCUGAUGAAGGGAGCUGCAGCCCAAGGUGUUACAGUUAUUUAUUACAGGAGUAGUCCCAGUUUUUACUGUGUUGUGCGAGUACACUAAAUAAUGUGUGUAUUCCUGGUAAAUAAGCUCCAUGCUAACCUUUUAGCAUGGAGCUUAGGUCUUAAUAUAGUGCUGCAGGGAUGACGUAUAUUUGUAGGCCAACAGGAAGUUAGCGUGGCACGAGUUCCCUCAACGACAGGCCAACAGCACUUUUUAAAUGUAUUUUGGAUUAUUGAAGAAAAUCUUUGUCCAAUAAACAAACAUUUAUGAUUCUUGCAGGUUUCGCUUAGCAAUAUAGUCUUUACAAAUGAACACCCCUUUUAUGAUCUUUGAAGCAUAAACACUAUCAGAAGAAGUAAAAAGCUAACAUUAGGCUAUAAAGGAACUUCACCACGGUCACAUGACUUCACGUCACCACCAUUAAGCUAAGGGAGGACAAGGUUCACAAAUGCUGACUCAUUUUCUGGUUUUGGGCCUCAUUCCUGCUCUAUUGCAAUAGGAACAAGUGCAUUUUCUAAAAUCACAAGUAGGGACAUUUAUUUAUGCUAGAAGACAUUACUUAAUAUGUAACUGUAACACGCUCCUGUUACCUUCCCCGGGUUGCCCCCAGCACCAAUUAUUGAGCACACUCGGGGUAUCGUUUGUAAUACUUUUUAUUGUCACCGGCACGCUGUGGCAGUCUCUGCCUCUUGCUCUUUUCUUGCCUCCAUCCCUACUGAGCCUAAUAUAGUGAAGAGACACAAAACAUCCGAUCCGUUGCAGCUGAGGCCAAUUCGGCCUCCUCCAGGCACCUGUUCCCUGAGCGACUCCCCCACUCCCCUCCGCAGCUGAGCCUAACCACGCACCCGCCACCACAGUAACCUACUAAAGAUUUCGGCAAAAGCUGUAAUGACAACUGUUCCCCAAAAAAUGUUGAUGAUUGCAUCAUCUAGUUUUCAGAUGAGCAGUUUGCAGCUAGCGGCUGAUUGUAGUAGUCGGAGCCUGCUGAGCUCCAAACUAUAUGAUGUGCUGCAAAGCUUCGUAGUUUGACCCAUCAGUCUGCAAGAAGAAGCGAGAACAGAGCUGUCAACAGUAUCAUUAGGGCUCCUCAGUCUGAUUGCUAUUAUACCAGUACCACAUUAGCAACACACUACUACAUUAUACUUAUACUAAGAUCAGAUGGUCAGUUUUUGUUUGUCACUAGUCAAGUUUAUUUGGCCCUAACAUUUUUUAUUGACAAUAAUUGCAAUUUAAAUCACUAUGUUUUUUUUACUCAAAUUGUUCAACCCAAGUGGCAGUUUAGCAAAGCUUAGCAAAGGCUAGUAGGCGUCAUAGUAACACGAGUUACUCAACAUUAAUGUUUACUGGUGUUAGAAUGGAGCUCUAAUGCCUCUGAUCAUAUGACACAUUAUGACACAUUAAUGACCAACCAUGACAAUUGUGGAUCCAUAUCCUGUUUGUGAAGACAUUGUGGAUUGUGGAAGUGCGGCCUGCAGUAUGUGGUGCUCUGACAUUUCCUGUCCUUUUGUACUUGUGCCCAUCAGGAAGAUACCAUUUGUCUGUUUACUUGAUGUCAAUAAAGUAUCCUCUCACGUGUACUGUAC